AUGUCCGACCGAAAGUACGAGUAUCAACCCCUGAAUCUGCCCGUCGAGACAAGAAUACUGGUCUUGUCUCCGGGCCAAGACGACGACCCCCUCACCGGCACCCUGUUACCCAUGCCAAUUCGCUGCCGAGAUGAACCAUACACGGCGCUGAGCUACUGUUGGAACCAAAGCGUCAUGAAGGAUGCCCCCCCUCCUGAUUGCCGCCUCAUAUGCGCCGUGCGUACCGUACGGGAAGACGGUAGCACGGACGACUUUUUGGAAGAGUAUGCAUUCAAGGAUAUGCUAAACCAUCCGUUGCUUCGGUACAAUUACCUUCGCCUGGGUGGUCGUCUCCCCCAAGGCGUCAUGUUGCUGGACGGCAGUCCAGUAACCAUCGGCGGGGAAUUAAGCAGUGCACUACGACAGCUCCGGGACGAGCACGCGCCCGAACCUUUGCGAAUCUGGGUUGAUGCCCUCUGCAUCGAUCAGUCAAACCUUGCGGAGCGCAACGAGCACGUACAACUCAUGGGCCAGAUCUACGCCAAUGCAUCUCAUGUGCAUAUUUGGCUGGGUGAGAUGAUGGGCAUUGAGAGAGAGUUUAUGGAGAGCGUGGAGAAACUCGCACAGUUUGUCCAAGGUCUGCUGACUACUCAAGAGUUGGAUGAAGACGGCGCCAUCGCGCACAAGUACAAGUUCCAGUGGGACUUUUUCAACUCCCCUGAAGUCCAGGAGCUACACUGGGAUAAGAUUGCCGAAUUCCAUCGCACAUGGGUCAUCCAAGAGAUCGGCAACGCCCGCGACGCAACACUUCAUAUCGGUCCUUUGCAACUCGGCUGGGAAGCUAUGGCUCAGCUCGUAUCUCGGCUAAAGGAGAACCACCUCGACUCCCCUAUCGCUCAACACAAAGGCCUGAAGGCAAUAUGGAUAAUGGGUGGUAUUAGAGACGAAUUAGUCGACAUGAAACGGCCAUACUUCUCGUUGGAUCUUCUGGGCUUGCUUGAGAUGCUCAGGGACUUCAAGAGCACACUCGCCAGCGACAAAAUCUAUGGGGUGCUUGGUCUCACGAAAGAGAAAGACCAGGUCACGGUUGACUACUCCAAGUCACCUGAGGACGUCUUCACGGACCUUGCCAUCAGCUACCUUGACUCUGGAUCCAUUGACGUUCUCUGCCACUGUGUCGACGUCCCAGACAAAUCCCAGACACUCACCCUCCCGUCCUGGGUACCGGACUGGACUCGCUCCGGAUACGCCGAGCCCUUCCGGACCACCGGCCUCGAUGCCAACGCCUGCGGCAGUACUACCCCGUCUUUCCGCAUCGACACUACCACCAAAACCCUUCACAUCAAGGGCCGCCUGGUUGACCUCAUCGCCGGGGUGGACACCGUUCGCCGGAUUCCUACACCAUUGGAACCCUUCUUAUACUCUACGUCCGACCCCAACGCCUUAGACCCCAACUCUACCGUGAUCCAGAAAAUACUCGAUCCAACGCUCCGCAACCGUAGCCGACUCUUCGAGGGCAUCGCCCAUGCGGAAGAAUACCACCGCAACAUUAUCGGCCUCGCUCUCUCCCGGGUUGAACCCGCCGACGACGACGAGCACGACAACCACGACGAGCACGACAAAAACAACAGCCACGGCCACGGGUCCACUCCCUGCCCCCUCAAUAUCAUCCACAAUCCACGCGCACACUUCCCCGCCCUCUGCCAAACCUUCCACGUCCUGUGCCAAGGCACCCGGCCAACCGACUCACUCUCCCAUUUCCACCGCCUCGGCUUCGACAUCUACCUCGAAAGCGUCUUCCGAGCCGCAGACGGCAGCUUCAACAACGACGACAACAACGACGACAACAACAACAACGACAAGAACAACAAGAACCAAGACGCCCCACCCCCCGCGGGCCAACACCCCCGCGACGCCGCGGCGCAGCAAAUCAUCCGGACCAUGGCCGAGCACUUCCAGACGGAGCACCUGCCCGCAGGCGCGAGCCCGGAGGUCGCAGACGCGUUUGCGGCGGACAUGCUGACUGCGUAUGGCGCCGUGGUGCAGGCGCACGAGCGGUUCUGUUCGGGGAGGCGGUUUAUGAGGAGUGAAGGGGGCAGGUUUGGGUGGGGGGUGGAUGGGAUUGGGGAGGGGGAUGUGGUGGCUGUGUUGGAGGGGGGGAGGUGGCCGUUUGUGUUGAGGGAGGUGGGUGGGGGUGGGGAGGGCGGAAAAGGGGGUGGGAGGAAGUAUAGGAUUGUGGGGGAUUGUUAUUUGCGGGGGAUUAUGGAUGGGGAGGUUAUGGAGGAGGGGUUGGGUGAGGAGAUGGAAUUUGCUAUUGUGUAA